AUGAAGAUCCAAACAAAUGAGAUCAAGUGCAUCCUGGAGAUUAUAGCCUUAGACAGCAGAAAAGUGAAAAAUGAAAGUGUUAGUUGCUCAGUCGUGUCCGACUCUGUGACCCCAUGGGCUGCAGUCUGCUGGGCUCCUAUGUCCAUGGAAUUCUCCAGGCAAGAAUACUGGAGUGGGUUGCCAUUUCCUUCUCCAGGAGAUCUUCCUGACACAGGGAUCAACCCAGAGAUUGAAUCUGAGUCUCCUGCAUUGCAAGAGGAAGGUAUUAUGAUUAUCAUGGAGGUGAGUUUGCAGGUGUUAAGGUAA